GUAAUACCUUAUGAGUUGAACGGAAGUGCGAUUACAUACGAAUAUCCCACUUCCAACAUUGCUGCUAUUUAUCAACAACAUUGUUUGCGCGACUCGUUCUCUUCUUACACAUACCAAAUUGGGCCAUUUGCCAUAGUGUUAGAACUAUAAAUAAACGGAUUGUUUCUUACACACUGUCUAGUUAGAGAAUUGUAUUCUAUUUACUUAAUCACAGAGAAUCCUGGGUUGGACAAGAUGGCCAGCUGCAAUUUUCAGGCGCAGUUGGUAUCCAUUCUUGAGGUAUUGGCUAAAGCAGCUGUAGCAGAAAUAAACAAUCGUGUAGAUGAUAGCUGUGCUGUUAUACGUUUGGAAAUGACCCAAAGCCAGCGUGAUAUUGAUGUACUGAAAAAGAAGUGUCAAAUGAUGGAGAGCGAGCUGAAGAAGACACGAGGACGAGUCAGGAGAAAAGGUAGUACUUCACGGUUUUUACCCCAUGUUAUCAGAGAGAUCUUCAUAUCCAGUAAAGAUUAUUUUGAACAAGCAGAGGAGUAACUCACAGUGGGGAGAAGACAAUAUGGCAGUUGAAGAGGACUCUCAUCUCCAUGUGUGAUACAUCACCUUUUAGAGUUAUAGAGACCUGACCUUUUGGAUCAAUUCUGUUAUUGGAAUAUCAGGAGAAUUUACCGCUUUCGUGUGAUUCAUGAGUAUAAAAAGUGUUAGAUAUGGUGUGCGCCCAGAGUAAUAACCUCAGUCCCUGUUACAGCCUACAGAUGUGGAGCAGAGAGUGGAGACUGAACCCAUACUGAUCAAAGAUGAGGAGACAGCAGAGGACGUGUGGAAGACUGACCCUCAGGAAGGGCUCAGGAUCACUGGAGAGGAGUCUGGUUCCAAGCCUGGGAAACCACCAUCCUUUGAGCAACGGCACUGUGAUGAGGACUUCAUCACACAACCCAAUAUAUCUCCCAGAGACUCCGUGGAACAUUACACCAAUUCUGAUCGUCCAGAGGAACCAGGAACACCCCGGCUCUCAUCUACAGAGGUGUUCAGCACAGAGCAGCACCGGCCAGACGAGGACUCACUAAACCUAGUGAUGGUGAAAGAUGAGAAAGAGGAGGAGCUGGAUCAGACCACAACCCUGGCAGGACCUGACCAGUUUGUCAUGGAUGACAAUGAUGGGCAGCUGUGGACCUCUGUGGGUCCAGGCAGAAACACUGACCCUGAUGGCCACCCAGAUUUCUCCUUUCAUUCCACAGAAGAGUACUCUCAGAAUAUCUCAAUUUUCCCAUCUCAUAGUGGGCUGCCAUCCAUUCCUACGAUGACCAAUGAAGUGGGGCCACCGCUUCACUCUUCUAUAUGGAAACCACAUGCUAAUAUGUUCAGUGCAUCAAAACACAUUAAAAGACAUAUCAGGACAUCGGCUGAUGAGACUAGACAACAGAUGCCAGAGGGACAGAGUAGCGAGACGCUGAACUCAAAUAAUGUAGGUAAUAGUUUAGCUCUACAGUCAAGGCAGCAUCAAUACAGGGCUUCAGAAGCAACAGUGAGAUUGAGCGAGUGCAUGACAGGGUCAAACAUGGCCACCACCUCCACCUUCUCAGAAUACAGCCUGAGUCGCAGUAGUUUUAACAUGGUGAAGAGAAUGAGGACUCAGUGGAGGUCGGGCGGCACCACCGAGAGGCGUUUCAGCUGCACCUUUUGUGGGAAGAGCUUCCAGCGUCUCUGCCAGCUCAAAGUACACCUCCGGAGUCACACCGGAGAGAAACCGUACACCUGCGAUCAGUGUGGCAGGAGUUUUACCCAGCAGUGCAACCUGAUCAGACAUGCUAUGGUCCACAGCGGGGAGAAGCCCUACGAGUGCACACAGUGUGGGAAGUGCUUCACCCGGCGCUCCAAAAUGACAUCACAUCAGAGAACUCACAUAGGAGAGAGUCCAGUGUCUCAAUAUGUGAUACCUGCAUACCCUGGGGAUCCAUACACAAGUUUAAUGUAGUCUCAGAAGAAAUAGGAACAUAAUUUCAGUUUUUCUGUAACUCUUUCUACAUGGAAAUGUGGUGCAGAAGGUAUUUUGACAAGCUUUUCCUCCCAAUUGAUUUGUGCUUUUCUUGUUUGAUUGUUGAAGGCUUGAUUUUGAAAGUCAAUCCGUCUUUUAGAUCAAUAAUACGAAUACAUGAGACCUAUAUGUAGAGCUUUUCAAUGACCCAAAAUUGCUUUACAAUUGUUGAAAAAAAUUAUCACAAGACGGCACCAGACUUAACAGCAGGAGAAACAAAGAGAAGGGGCUUAAAGUAAGGACAAGAGUGUGUGUAGGUGCUUUUUUUCAAUUAGAUUUGCUCAACUCCUGCGUUUCUUCCUAGUCCUCUCUCGCCUCCUUUGGAAAAAAGGUCAAAAUAAUGGAGGAGAGGGGGUGAGGAGAGUGAUGUGGACGAAAAUGUGCUUUUAUGGAAUGAGAUGGUCCUUAUCCAUCAGGCAAAGGACGUUUACCGGGGUGGAUCCCAAAAUAAAUGUGUAAAGCGAUGAAAAAAAUGUAAGUUAGUUUUGCAAUACAUUUUAUACAUAAAAGGUUAAGUAGCAUAUUGUUUUUAAAUGUGUGCAUGCUUUUCUCUGACGACAAUACAACAGCUGAUU